AUGGCAUCUCAAUCAGGAUUCCCGUCUAGUUACGAUCCAAGCAAAUACUACGAUCCAGAGAUCCAAACCGUCCGCGAGCCCGCAAGGACAAUCUUCAAGGAAUAUAGCAAGAUUCCAAAUGAGAGGAUCGCGAACCAUAUCAAUGAAGUGAGGAAACGUGCUUUUGCCGUGACCCCCUACCCAUGUAUCGGUCUAUUCAGAUUCCUCGAACUAGACCUUCAUCGAAUGUCAAUCUACCCCGAAAUCCUAGAACGGGUUAGAACCGGCGACAAGUUCCUAGAUCUAGGAUGUGCACUGGGACAAGAACUCCGGCACCUGGUCCACGAUGGCGCUCCCUCCACAAACCUCUACGGCUGCGACCUAAACCCCGACUUAAUCAACGUCGGCUACGACCUCUUCAACGACCAGGCUACCCUUCAAUCGCAAUUCAUCGUCUCCGACAUCUUCAACUACAAGUCUGAUCUAAUAACCCGCUUCACCGGUCACUUCGAUAUAAUCAACGCCAUGUCCUUCUUUCACCUCUUCACCUGGGACCAACAGAUCCUCGUCGCGAAGUGCAUCAUAACCCUCCUCCGUCCGCAACCCGGUUCUCUACUCGUUGGACGGCAGGUUGGGAAGGUUAAGCAUAGCGAGGGUCCUGAGGCGGGGGAGAGUUUGAUUGGGUAUUUUCAUAACGAGGAGAGUUGGAGAGAAAUGUGGGAGGUUGUGGCGAGGGAGACGGGGACGAGGUGGAGGGUUGAUGUUGUGGAGGAGAAAUGGGGCGAAACUGCUAGCGAGGAGAUUUUGAGGUUGGUCAGGGAGCAGGGGCAGAUUAAGGUUAGGUUCGUUGUUAGGAGGGAAUGA